CCUCUUCCCAAGCCCCGCCCCCUUGCAAUGUGCAUUCUAACACCUCAAAGAAUCUGAUAAAUAGGAGGCAGCUUCCUUCAGCCCAGUCAGAAAAAACGUGGGACCGGCCGCUCCUGCCUGUGCAAAUUUUUACAGAAGCAAAGCCCAGGAGAAACCAUGAGCCAAGCAGCUGGGGAUCCGCUGAAGGUUACUGGAAUCGAUUUCCUCCGAGAGCAGAAUACCCGCCUCCAUCACACUGGCGACUACAACAACGGCAGCCUGAUUGUGAGACGUGGGCAGCCUUUUGAGUUGAAGCUGACUUUAAGCAGGGAGCUGAGCAACAAUGACAACAUCACACUGCAGCUCAGCAUUGGUGAAAAACCAAUGCAAUCCAAUGGGACUCUUCUAUCCAUGAAUGCAAGAGCAGGACAGACAGAUCAGUCCUGGAAUGCCAAGAUUUGUCAAACAAAUGGGAAGGAGUGCCGCAUAGUUGUAACCAGUCCAGCAGAUGCAAUUAUUGGAAAAUAUCUUCUAAAUGUGAUCACGGGACCUAGCGUUUACACUCCUGAUAAAAAAUUUGUCUACAUUUUGUUCAAUCCCUGGUGCGAAGCGGAUUCUGUCUUCAUGCCUGGUGAUGCAGAAAGAGCCGAGUACGUGCUCAAUGACACCGGCUAUCUCUACGUUGGAUCGACAAAAAUGAUACGUGGAAGACCUUGGAAUUUUGGGCAGUUUGAGGAAGAUGUUUUGGAUUGUUGCAUGUACCUUCUGGACAAAAGCCAGCUCAAACCAAAGGCGAAGAAAGAUCCUGUGAUCAUCUCCAGGGCCAUGUCAGCAUUGGUUAACUCCGAGGAUGAUCGUGGAGUGGUGUUUGCAAGCUGGUCUGGGAAAUAUACUGGCGGUACACCGCCUCUAGCCUGGACAGGAAGUGUCCCCAUUUUGCAGCAGUAUUACAGAACCAAAAAAAGUGUCUUGUAUGGUCAGUGCUGGGUUUUCUCUGGAGUGCUUACCACAGUUAUGCGCAGCCUGGGGAUUCCAGCCAGGAGCGUGACCAAUUUUGCUUCAGCUCACGACACAGAGGAAAAUCUUAAAGUUGACAUUUACUUGAAUGAAAACGGAGGGAAAAUGGAGAAUCUAACAACAGACUCAAUUUGGAACUUCCAUGUAUGGAACGAUGUCUGGAUGAAAAGGCCGGACUUACCGAAGGGCUUUGACGGUUGGCAGGCGAUCGAUGCCACCCCUCAGGAAAAGAGCCAAGGGAUUUACCAGUGUGGCCCCACUCCAGUAAAUGCAAUCAGAAAGGGAGAAGUCUAUCUUCCCUACGACUCCAAAUUUGUGUUUGCUGAAGUGAAUGCAGACAGAGUCUUUUGGCUCGUAAAGAAUGUGGAUGGCAAGGAAACAUACACCAAGCUGCGUGAAGAGACCAAAGUGAUAGGGAAGAGCAUCAGCACCAAAGCUGUUGGGAAGGACACUCGUGAAGACAUCACAGCCCAAUACAAAUUUCCUGAAGAGAGUCCCGAGGAAAGGAAAGCUGUGGAGACAGCUUGUUCCUAUCUGCAGUCUAACAAUCUGGGAAUCUGUGAAGUGACACCUGCCCCCGAACCCCUCAAGGCUAACCUGAAACUUGGAAUGGAAGGGGAGAAAGAAUUGUGGCCGGGGCAGCCGAUUGAGUUGAACCUUAUUAUAACGAACGAGUCUGCAGGUGCCUGGACGGUCAACCUUGCAGCAUCUUGCCAGUUAGAAUCGUAUACUGGGAAAGUGGAGGCCAGCCUUGCCACCAUCAAACAGACUGUCCAAACAAAAGACAAGGCAGUUAAUUCAGUCCCUCUGAAAAUAGCAGCUGAUGCUUACCUAAAAGCACUGAUGAGAACAGAAGAUGAACUUCUGGUCAAACUCAACGUUAUUGCCGAGGUUCAAGAAACGAACGAGAAGCUCACGGAAGAGUUGUCUUUAACCUUCAAGUAUCCACCUCUGAAAGUGGAGAUGGCAGACACUGCAAAGAUCAACCAGGAUUUUACCUGUGCGUUUAUUUUCAAGAACACACUGUGCAUUCCCUUGGAAAACUGCAAACUGCACGUAGAAGGCCUUGGCAUCUUUACGAUGGAAACAUUUGAUCAAGGGGACAUAGCGCCGGGUGGAAUCUUUAAAUCGAAAAUUGUGUGCGCGCCAAGGAGGGCCGGGCUGAAGAAGAUCGUGGCCAAACUGAACUCCACCCAGCUGAAAGGAAUAACUGUGGAAAAGGUUAUUUCAAUCACAGAGUAGAUGUCAUUCCAAAACGCCAUCAGGCAGUGUCAGUGGCGGUGUGUGCAAUGAAUGAGCCUUGUUGACGCUGCCUGAAGUCUUGAUUAUGUGCCCAAAGAUAGGCUAGUGAGAGACAUAAAUGCAAUAUUAAGGGAGUUUAAAGUGGCUUAAGCUGUUUUGAUUCUAGCUAAUGGGAAUUUAAUAGAGAUUAUUCAAAUCUGUUCUUGCAUGUGUGGCCAUUUAGCAGCUUAUGGCAACUAAAAGCAUGAUCUGUGAAAUCUGGAGUGGGUUAGAAAUGACUCUAGGAAAGAGUUGCCUGCGUUUUCCUUUCGCAUGCACUUCUGAGCUUUGUGUAAUGUCGGCAAUCCUUGUGACGUCUUACUCUUUUUGGAGGUUGUGGCUACUUCUGCCAUUUUCUUACUUCACAUCGUUUGUAGGCCUGAUUGCAGUAUAUUACGAACGUGAGAGC